CAAAAACGUUUUUCUUGUUGUGCUAGUUAGUAUGCUAGUAUAAUUAUUGAAUUUAUUCUAUAAUUCAUUGUUUAAAACUUAAUAAUGAAAAUAGAAAGCAAACCACUGCGGUACGCUCACGCUGAAGGCCAUACAGACGUGUGCUAUACUGAAGAUGGACAUCACCUAAUAACUUGCGGUCAUGAUGGAGAUGUGCGUAUAUGGGUAGAUAUAGAAGAUGACGAUCCAAACUCUCACUGUGUUGGGGAAACUGCUGUGGCAGUCUGUUUCAAAGACAAAAGACUAUAUGUAGCUACAGAUAAUCAUGCAGUGCAAGCUUACACUUUCCCUGCCUUUGAUAAAGAUGGCAUUGUUACGAGAUUCACCGCUCCAGUUACACAGAUUAUGUCUAGUGGAAAAAUUGAGGCUUUGGGCUGUUCGUCAGAGAACAUGGAAGCUAAGAUCUGUAGUCUUGAAGGUGGUGCUCCACUAUUUGUCAUGUCGGACCACAAGGGCCCUGUUUUAAGUGUAGCAAUCUGUCCUGAAAUGAAGUAUGUGAGCACAGCAUGUGGUGAUGGCAUUCUUCGAAUAUAUGACAUUGAUACACAAAAACUUGUCAAGGAGAUAAGUUGUGUGCCUAAAAUUAAUACAUUCUAUGCUGCUAAAGUUUUAUGUCGUAUGAACUUUGAACCAUCAGAAGGAAAAUACUUAGCUUACCCAAACAACAGAGAAAUAAUUUUAUUGGAUUGUGAAAGCUGGGGGCAGAGGAUGACAUUUACACAUAAUUCGAUAAAAUGUGCCGUAUCCCAAUGCCAGUUUUCCCCAUGUGGGAGUUACCUGGCGGGUAGCACAGUGGCUGGGCAAAUAGCUGUGUGGGAGGUGCACUCAGGAACAUGCAUGGGUAUCAUUGAACAUCCAACCUCACACAAUAUUUCCGCUUUGUCUUGGAAUCCUAAAGGUAAUGGCGUCCUGGCGUAUUGUGAUGUGGCUGGUCAACUGGGGACCCUAGUCAAUUGCUAUGGUAAAAACAGCAGCAAGUUCGGCACGGAUUCUGAAGACGUGGAGGUGGUAGAAAGAGCUGAUGACAACGACGACUUAGUAGAGAAUCUAAUAGAGCACUAUGAAAGCGACGAUGACAAUGCUAUAUCUUUGGAGAAAAUAAAGAACGAAACACUAGGAUUGAUCACGGAACAGGAGGACUCCAGGCCAUCGUCGCGUCAAGUCGCACCCGCGCCUGCCACUGUGCCGCCGCAGCCACCGUUCCAGCCAUCUUCCACUCCUGCGCAUCUUGAGAAUAGAUACAUGUGUUGGAACGAAGUCGGCAUAGUCCGUUGCCACACGAUCGAGAAUGGCGAGUCGAAUAUCGACGUGGAAUUCCACGACACGAAUCUGCAUCAUGGCAUUCAUUUAAACAAUUACCUGAAUCACACUAUGGCUAGCUUGUCGUCGAGUGUUUUGGCUUUAGCUUGCGAGACGCCUAGCAAACUAGUGUGCAUAUCGCUAGUGGGCAGCAGCAAGGAGUGGAGCGUCUCGUUACCCGACACGGAAGAGGCGUUGUGCGUGGCAGUCGGCAGCGGCAUCAUCGCCUGCGCCACCACUGCGCGGUUGCUCAGACUGUUUACGCCCAUGGGCACUCAGCGACAGGUGAUAUCUCUACCAGGUCCCGCAGUAGCGUUAGCAGGAUACAACACUACCGUUUUUGCUGUGUACCAUAGAACAGACCCUGGAUUGUCGGACCAACAUCUCGCUAUGGAUAUCAUUGCGCUUAAUGGCCGCCAAGUACGCUGUAAAACAGUCCCAUUACCUUUAACACCUGGGUCCAAACUCGCGUGGCUAGGUGCCUCAGACGUCGGGUCACCGUGCGCUUUCGAUAACACCGGUCUACUGAGGAUGUAUGACAUUGCCAGCGGAGUAUGGAUGCCUAUAUGUGACACUAAUACACACUCUAGAGGUGCUUCUGAUACUUGGUUUAUUGUUUCGGUGAGCGAGACUACUCAGAAAGUUCGGGCAAUCCUGUGUAGAGGCGCGUCGUUCCCCCCUACCGUGCCUAAACCAAUUGUUGCUGAGUUAGCUUUACAGAUACCUUUAUGUGAGCUGGACACCGAGAAAAGUCAAUAUGAAGAGCAGUUAGUAAGGUGGGCGCACACAACGUCCGACGUCGAUGUUAAAGCUGCUAGGGAGACUUCACUUAAAUUAUUUGCCCUUGCCUGUCGAAGUGAAAUUGAACCCCGAGCCAUAGAACUAAUGGAGCUAUUAAAAGACGAUCGACUUCUUCCUCUGGCAGCUAAAUACGCAUCCCGCCUAGGCCGAAUGCAUUUAGCUGACAAGCUGUCAAACUUAGCCGAAACUUGGGAGAGAGAAAACGACCGACUUAAUGUCGCUAACGCUCAUUUCACGGAGUUGGAUGCGCGCGAGACGUAUGACGUAACGAGUACUGAUUCAGAGAUUAAUGCCAGUUUAAUUAUACCGCAGAAUGCGAAGGAAAAGAAAGCUUAUAGUCCCAUUAAGCCUGUGCCAAUGAAAAACAUACUCGGUAGUGGCAGUCGAAAUCCCUUCAAGAAGCAACAAGAGGUCACUAAAAAUGUUCAAAACCCUUUAAGCUUGACUGAAAGAAAUUUAGUUGAAGUCCAUUCUACAAACAGCGGAGAAAACAAAGACCCAAUGACACCUCAAGAUGGAGAAUCCUUCGUUGAUUGGUUCUCACGAAACAAAACAACGUUAGAAGAGGAACAUGCCGAGCUCACUCCUUCAGAACUAACUAGACAUGGCAUAAAGUUGUUCAAAAGUGUUCAAAGUAAAAAUGGUUCAAAUGAAAAGGGUUACAACGAGAGAAAUGGUACUGAUAAUGGGAAUAAGAGGAAACUCGAUGAUGCCAAUGGCGAAGCUGUUGCAAGUGCUCCGAAGCAGUCGAAGUUAAGUGCAUUUAUGUGUACAAAAAAGACGUAGUAAUUUAUUUUAAAGAAGAAGAGCUUAAUUAAUUUUUUUUAAACUAAUGUUGAUCAUUAAAUUUUGUUGUAUAACGCAUUAAUAUCGAAGGUAUCUAUACUACGUGCCAUUUAGCAUGGUAAUAGCGAUCAUUCACCCCUUCCUACCACUGUAUACGUUAUUUGUGAAAACGAUACUUGCCGAUGUUCGUACGAAAGUAUUAUUGCUAGCACCGUGGUAGAAGUCACCUUGACGUACCAAUAACCUUGGGACAAAUAUUGAAACAACAAACAUUGAAAUAGUUUAAUCGCUAGGAAACAUAUUAAUUAUAUAUAUUAUAUAUAUAUGUAUAUAUUAAUAUUAUGCAGGACCGACACUUUCAGAAUCCGAUUCAGAAGAUUCGUCGCUUACAUUUAUGUUAUUAUUAUUAUUAUUAUGUUUUGUCUAUGCUGUGGUCAAUACGACGAAGACAUAUUAAUACGGUGACGUCAUUCAUUCCCGUCACUAGCCCCAUGUAUUGUAUUUCGUUUAACAACAAAUAAGCAUACUGUGAAUAACAAACCAACACCAAAAGUAAUAAAGUAACACCAUAGUUAAAACGUGAAUAUUUCCGAAACUGACUGAAUGCAAGCGAAGUACGACACGGAACACAGUUUUAUAGAUGUGAAACAAAAUGGUCGAAAGGUUGUGCCCACCUGGCGUAAAAAGCUGGGUAAAAACAAACAGGGAUACCUUUGGAUUUGGAAUGUAGCCUUUUUUAGAGGCUUGUCCGUGGUAUGUUGUAUGGAUGUUUAAAGAAACUUUAUGUAUUUUAUACUUUUGAAAUGAUAUAUGUAGUUAAUGAAACUGUAUUUAUAGUUAAUGAUGACGAGUUUUAAUACCUAGUAUAUUAUGGUAACGUGAUAUAAUAGUCAAUUUU